UCCCCACUUUAGAGCAUCGAGUCAAAAUCCCAUCCCAUGCGGGGGGCAUGACUUUGAAAACCAAAGAUGGUAAACUUUCUCAACAAUCAAACACCUAAACCCAUUCCCAAUUCUUCAAAACCCAUUUUGAUCGACAACAACAACAACCGAAUCCGAUGGGUGUCUUCUCCAGAAUUGGAUCGACCCACGAAGGAUUACCAGUAGUAGCCAAUGCCUCUCUCAGGCGCAAAGUUUCGAGCUUUUUGCCCAUCUGCGUCGCUAUCGUCGUCCUCGUCGAGAUCGCGUUCCUGGGUCGCCUCGAUAACCCUUCUCUCCUCGACGCACUGACGAGCUUUUUCGGCAAGCUAUCAUCUCCGACUAAACCGUCCUCCGGUUCGAAUGUCGGGUCGGGAACGGAGAGGUGCGAGGAGUGGCUGGAGAGAGAGGAUUCAGUUAGUUACUCUAGGAAUUUCAGUAAAGAUCCCAUCUUUAUCUCCGGUGGUGACAAGGACUUUGAAUCGUGCUCAGUUGACUGCGCAAUUGCAAUGAAUUCAAAUAAGACACCAGAUGCAGCGUUUGGAUUAUUAGGUCAUCACCCUGGAACACUCCGUAUACUACGUUCCAUGGAAUCUGCAAGAUACUUCAUUCAGAACAAUAUUGCUCACGCACGACGGAAGGGUUUUGGUAUCGUGAUGACAACUAGUCUAUCAUCAGACGUUCCCGUUGGGUAUUUCUCAUGGGCGGAGUAUGACAUUAUGGCUCCACUUCAACCAAAGACGGAGAAAGCUCUCGCUGCUGCUUUCAUUUCCAAUUGUAUUGCUCAGAAUUUUAGGCUUCAAGCUCUUGAAGCCUUGAUGGAGGAGGCUAAUGUUACGGUUGAUUCUUAUGGUACUUGUCACCGCAACCGUGACGAGAGAGUGGAGAAGGUUGAAGCUCUUAAGCACUAUAAGUUCAGUCUUGCUUUUGAGAACACCAAUGAGGAGGACUACGUCACCGAGAAGUUCUUCCAAUCUCUUGUCGCUGGAUCCGUCCCUGUGGUCGUUGGUGCUCCAAAUAUUCAAGAUUUUGCACCUUCUCCUGAUUCAAUCAUUCACAUUAAACAGAUGACUGAUAUUGAGCCUGUCGCAAAGAGAAUGAAACAUCUUGCAGAUCAUCCUGACGCCUAUAAUAAGAUGCUACGAUGGAAACAAGAAGGACCUUCAGAUUCUUUCAAGGCACUUGUUGAUAUGGCUGCAGUACAUUCCUCUUGUCGUCUCUGCAUUUUCGUGGCUACAAGGAUCCGUGAGCAAGAAGAGAAGAGUCCUGAGUUUAAGAAACGACCCUGUAAAUGCACCAGAGGCUCAGAAACAGUCUAUCAUUUGUUUGUUAGAGAACGUGGCACGUUUGAUGUGGAAUCCAUCUUCUUAAGGGAUGGUUAUCUGACUCUGGAAGCUCUGGAAUCUGCGGUUCUCACAAAGUUCAAGUCUCUGAGACAUGAACCAAUAUGGAAGAAGGAAAGACCCGAGAGCUUAAGAGGGGACGGUGUGCUUAAAGUACACGCGAUAUACCCGCUUGGUCUGACUCAAAGACAAGCCCUUUACAACUUCAAAUUCGAAAGAAACUCAAGUCUCAGUACUCACAUCCAGAGAAACCCUUGUCCUAAAUUCGAAGUUGUAUUUGUCUAAGUUUUUAUUCAGACCUUGUUUAGUUGAAAUAUAAAAAGUGUAUCUUCCACACAAAAAAAAAACAAAUACAACAAUUUUUUUUAUUUGUUUUAUUUGGUUCACCUCUUCAAGAAGAUUUUGUAGACACUAACAUCUCCAUAGCAGCUUUAACAGAGUUACAAAUAUUGCAUGGAUC